AGGUGCCACUGAGGGGCUCCAUCAUGGGCGGCGCCGCCCUGACAGACCCGUCCUUGCUGGACAAGCCGCACCGGCAGACAUGCAUCGCGUCGACGUCGGUGGAGUGGCUCGAGUGGAACAUUAAUGACCUCAACGAGCUGAUGCAAGAAGUGCAUUCCAUCCAGGGCAGUUUCUACUCCAUGCUGUACGGGGAGCUGCUCACAGGGCUGCAGACGGAGGAGCGCAAGAACCAGCUGGAGCGCUACCAGGCCGUGCUGGUCGCCGUCAUCGCCGACGGCUUUGUGGAUGAGAAGGAGAAGAAUCUAAUCCGCGACUUCCAGAAGAUGCUCGAUAUCCAUCGUACGAGCACGUGCGCUGCCUGCAAGACCAGGGCUGGACGGUGCAGGGCUGGGAUCGAGGCUACAUGGAGAGCGUCAAGGACCGCGCUUCGGAGCCGUCGCGGAAAGCACGCGGGCACAUCGUCGAGAGCACGCAGGAGCUCCAGAGAGCCUCAGAGAUCAUCGACGGCGUGCUCGCGGGCCUCCGGCGGACGCUGGAGGCCGAUCGCGGCGGUUGAGGAUUGUCGGGCGCGGCGCUGCGCGCGCGCGCGUGCCGCGCCGAUCGGCCUCUUCGAGGCUCGCGGCGUCGCCGCCGCCACCGUCGUUGCCGCUGUCGUUCGGGACGAUCGACAUGGGUACGGGUGACAAACUGGAUUGCGAGGAGAAUGCUGCGCGAACUUCGCUGUUGACAUUGCCAUCCCCUCUACAUCAUCUUUUCCAGUUGGGCGAGCAUUUUUGCUUGAGGCCAUCCGUAGUGCGUAUUUUCUGUUAGCUCAGCACCCAGUGCCUUCAUUAGAAGACUAGAUUGUCAGACGGAUGGUAUUCCGGUCAAGGCACGCCGUGUUUCAGCUUAGCGUAGGCCUGAGAAAAGGCGCACUCGUAGGUUGUUAAGCUCGAUGCCGAGAACUCGGGCUUGGAGCAGCGAAGACUGAAGCAGCGUAGACUUCUGAGAAAAGUCUGUAUACCUCACAGGAUCAGCCUGCCGAUGAUUGACGUUGCGCGGGUUCUUUUACAAAUCUAGGCCUCCAAGGGGUAAUCAGGCGAUCGCUACUUGAGAGGCCGUUUUGCACAGGACACGGCCCCCUCCUCUUCCG